AUGGAAAAAGUUUCAGGAUCCGAUUAUUUUUAUAAGACUGAACCGUCUGAAUGGUCGCUUGUCGGUUUCUUAAAAUGGAGAUCCAAAACGUCGCAAAUAUUAAACCACAACGAAGAACAUAAAUUAUUUGAAAAUUGGCAGAAUAUUAAACGUUCUCCCGAAGUUGUGAAGUUCUGGGAUGAUUAUAAGACUCAGAAUUUACAACGAGAUCUUCAGCACAUCAAAGUACAAAAUGAAAUAAAAACUUUACAGAUUGAAUCUGAAGACCUAAAUUACGUUCUCGACCGAGGCAAGGAGUUGAACAUGCACGCUAACACAAUUGGAAGCAAAAGACAUGAAUUCAUUUUAAGAAGUCAUAAAUGUAGCUCCGAAAAUUACGAAGACGGCCAAAAGUUUCGUUCAAUAAACAAAAGUGACGAAGUGAUAGAACCUGAACGGCCAUGUACACCGGAAGAUAAGGCAAUUUAUUUCCCAUCAUUUUUUUUAUGUACCGCCCACAACAAAAAUUCUUCUCAUCUUUCCAUGUGUACACAGAUCCGUACUGUUUCAUUCGAUGAACAUGUGGAUGACGAGAGGACCCAAAUGGAGAAGGGAGAUAUAGAAGAGGAGGAAGAAGAGAGUGAUGAUUUCGAAGAACAGGAUGACUAUGAGGAUGCUUACAUAGAUAUUUCUGGAACCACGGGGGCUCGACUAACGGAUGUAUCGAGAACGGAAUAUCAAGAGAUGUACGAGAAUAUGAAUGAAGAGCUGAAAUGGAGGCUUAAAUCGGGACGAUGUGUGGAGGAUGUCAUUUAUGAGUUCGGUUGUUUGCAUCAGUUUGAAGACUUGUCGCACUCGUUCAUCAUCGAUUUGGAAGACUGCCAAAUUAUGGGACUCUUCACAGACGAAGAAAGAGAAGAGAUUAAAUCUAAAAACAUCAAAUACGAUCCAGAACUCGAUGAAGAUGUGGUAGCUUGUCUUGACGCGUUUAAUAAGACAAAUGUGCGUGAUAUUCGUGAGAUGAUGGCACAGUUUUCAGUACGUCAAGGUGCUGGAUACACUGUUCAAAAGGACUUUUCGACCGAUAUAAUAAUUUAUGCUAUUCAUAGUCUAGUUCUUCUUUACGAAAGGCAACCAAAUGCACUCAGCAUUGAUCAUCUCGAAAACUGGUACAACGUCAAUCUCUGGGGCCCUAUUGUUGACAAAACUUUCGGAGACAUAACAGGAGUGGAUAUUGUCAGUAUUGCAAGUAGUGACAGAAAAAACAGAAAACGCAAGCGCAAAGACAGAAAAGCACUUGGACGACGUUCUGAUGCGAUCAUCAGAAAGAAUACCAAUGGUCAGACAUUGGAAUUCGGAGGUUCGGAAGUAGGGAGGUUCUAUAAUAGCAAGAUGGGGUCUAAAUGGCUUGUCGAGAGCGGAUUGAAACUGCCAAAAAUGCUUCUCGAUAUGUUUAUUGCACUCUGUAAUCGGGUGAAAUGGCGAGCUGAUAUAAUUCAGAAGCUAGAGACCGUUGGGUAUAUACAUGGAGGACGCGUUAUGAUGCUAAUGACAUUGGACAAUCCGGCUGGAUAUGUUAUGCGCCUUACCAAGAGUGACAUCUUCGAGAUCCCAGAGAAUGUAGAGUCGUUUUCAUUGGCCUUAGAACUAAUUGGUGCUGUUUGGAUGUUCAAGUUGAGAAUUCAAAGAACAAUGAAGUUGGUGCAAAAUAUUCCACUUGACUUAAAAAGGGUUGGAUUGAUAAACCGCAAAGCGGUAGUUAAAAACCAAUUUCCUGCAACAUUCACAACACCUCAAAACUCUCAGAAGAAGCUACGUAAGAACACAAAUUCGCCAAAUCAAAAUUAA